CUAAGCACCGGCUACCGGAAAAACGCCAAAAAAGGGCAUGACCUUGUUGUGCUUCCACAGAGAAGAGGAAGAGAUGCAUUAAUACAGUGUUUUUGUCGCCAUGCCAAUCCCCUUUGUUUGGCCUUUGCUGAGGACAGCUUCCUUAAUCUGGCGUGAAUCCGGAAAACGUGCGCUAAGCUGCUCAAAUCACAACACACUGGAGCAGCUACAAAGUCUGAACUUCUUACGUAUUUCUAAAGGAGGGACUUCAUAGAACACGGAAGACCAUUUUUAGGACAGUGAAGACAGCGGUAUAGAGAAAAUUGAACGUAGCUCUUGAAUCAAAGGAGCCAAAGAGGGUGAAAAAAGAACAAGCUCAACAACUUUUAGGCCACAGGUAACCGAGUCAGUGCAGCCAAAUAUAAUGGCUUCUACUAAAGUUAAAGAAGAUGCAUCAAUCCCGGACACAUUCAACUCUGCAAAAUCAGAGCAGACUCCACCACCAACAAAUGAAGAAGAUGCAUCAAACCCGGCCGCAUUCAACUCUGCAAAAUCAGAGCAGACUCCACCACCAACAAAAGAUGCAUCAAUCCCGGACACAUUCAACUCUGCAAAAUCAGAGCAGACUCCACCACCAACAAGACAAUUUCAGGAUGCAAAGGAUAGAAUUGAGUACCAACCUAACUCUGUGCCAGUAGAAACAAAGAAGAAACUGUGGAACAAAAGUAACACAGAAAAUAUCAAACUGUUCUGGGAAUUGGCUGGAAAAACAAAUAACUCUCACAGGAGGUUUAUUGACACUCUGAUAAACCAAAUUCAGGACAUAAAGGAAGUUUCUUCAGAGGAUAAAAGUAACACUUUUGUGGUUUUCUGUCCUAUUGUUUCUCGAGCUGGAACUGAUAUUGAAGCAGCACUUAAAAUAUUCAACUCUACAGGCUCCUCUAAGCUGAAAGUUCUAGUGGUGCUACAUCACACAUUUGACCCAGAGAAAACUGUACCAGACAGCAGCAGAUGUGUUAACAGGGAGGAUAUACUGACAGUGGACUGUUUGUUUUAUGAGGACACAGGAUUACUGGAGUGUCAGAAGAAUGAUGUUGCAAUGGACAAAGUUUUUGACUGGUUAAAAAAGCAGGGGGAGAAAAAAGGAAUCAAAGUGUUACGUAAAAAUGAAAAGGCAUCUUUGUUUCCAAAGAGUUUCUCUUUUAAGAGAACGAAUUCUGAAGCUUCAAGUGUUGAUCCACCGAACAGUUCUUCAAGUAGAAAACCAGGAGACCCACAACACAAUGAUUGCAACCAUGUAGCUGAAAAACUGAGACAGAUUUUAGAACUGAGUAUGAUUUUUAAAGAGGGGAAGAGUAAUAUUUGGAAAUUCUAUCCUGUUUCUUCUCAAACUGACUAUAAUGUUGCUUGUCAGAAGUGUUGCAAUACAACAGACGAGCAUGUUCUUGUUUUGCUCCUCCCCGAACAUACAGACAUAGCAGCAGACCCCUGUUUUGAGGGAAGGUCAAAUAUUAUUGUGGUGGACUGUGCUAUCUCUGAUGAUAAAGAAUUAAUUUUCCGCACAAAACUUCCAGAUUUACAAUGGCUCAGCAAUGAGUCGGAGCAAAGGAUUCCAACAGAGGCCAGUCAGCAGCACCAGGAAACAGACAAUGAACAGCAGAAUAAUAAUCCCAAUAUUUCAGAUACCUGUACAGUACAGUAA